GGGGCCGGCUCUUGGGGAAACCCCUUGGAUUGGACAAGAAACUUAGACGCGCUGUCAGCAGUGUCUUCAAAAUGUGCCAUCCUUGUAAAUAUGGGAAGCACCUCAGUGAAAGUAGACAGUUGGGAGCAGAACGACUAUCGUGAGGCACAAUGAGUCCCUUCAUCUGCAGUCUGAUCUACGGUCUCUCGGUCUUGUUGGUAGGAGUUUGUGGGACUUAUGAAGUUGACCCUGCUAAAGUAGCGGCGCAAAGUUAUGCGCAAAGAAGGACUGUUGCCCGACCACAAUUCCCACCACUGAGAACUCUAAACCCUGCAGCACAUGGUGUUAACUACGGGUAUAAUGGGUAUCACUAUCACCCCCAUCAACCUCACCACCAUCUGCACUACCACCAGCAGCCUCCAAACCUCCAGCAACCGCCGCCAAACUACAGCCAGACACCCAGGAUGUACACGCCGGUGCUCCUCCAUCGACCCUUUCCCCCUUUCUCGCCACCGGUUGUGCACCGUCGGCCCCAUCCCCUCUCCCCACCCCUGACACACCACCGGCCCUCGGCCCCCACCCCCCCGGCGGUGUACCACUGGUUCAAAGGCCCCGUGCGUCCCGGGGUUCACCACCAAUAUCAAAAGCCAGCGCCCCCUUUUAAGGGUGUGGUGCCUCCAGUGGCUUGCAACAAACUCCCCCUUGUCAUGCCACUGGUGACUGCCAAGCCAACUACAGUUCCCAUAGCACCCGUGACCAAUCCUCCUCCAACACCCACCCCAAUGUUAGAGACAUUUACUCUUCCAGUGGCCACUGUACCGCCGGAGACUAGCCCCCAACCAUCGACCACUCUGGCCCCGGUGACUUCACCAGUGGCGACUCUGCCACCGGUGACUCUUCCGCAAAUGACCCUGGUUCCAUCAGAGCUACCGGUCAGUACCCAAAGUGGAACCAUCACAUCCGUCAGUCCUGUGGAGACAGCCACUGACAGUCAGUGCAGGAGCCGCCCGCUAGAUCUGGUCUUCAUCAUCGACAGCUCGCGCAGUGUGCGCCCUAUGGAGUUCGAGAAGGUCAAGAUCUUCCUGGCCGACAUGGUGGACACUCUGGACGUGGGGCCGGACGCCACUCGCGUCGCUGUGGUGAACUAUGCCAGCACAGUCAAGAUCGAGUUCCUGCUGAAGGACCAUCCAGACAAGGUGACCAUGAAGCAGGCCAUCACCCGGAUUGACCCCCUAGCGGCGGGAACCAUGACAGGCCUGGCCAUCAAGAAGGCCAUGGACGAGGCCUUCACCGAGCAGUCGGGCGCACGGCCCGUCUCCAAGGGCAUCUCCAAGGUUGCCAUCAUUGUGACGGACGGGCGCCCUCAGGACCAGGUGGAAGAGGUGUCGGCUGCCGCAAGGGCCUCUGGGAUUGAGAUUUACGCUGUGGGGGUGGACCGGGCCGACAUGCAGUCGCUGCGGCUAAUGGCCAGCCAACCGCUUGAUGACCACGUGUUCUACGUGGAGACCUACGGAGUCAUCGAAAAGCUGACCUCCAAGUUCCGGGAGACCCUGUGUGGUCUGGACCCCUGCACCAUGGGACACGACUGCGAGCAUAUAUGUCUGAACAGCAUCUCCUCCUAUUACUGCCAGUGUCGGGAAGGCUAUUUGUUGAACGCGGACAAGAAAACAUGUUCCUUGAAACGUCAGGACCAGUGUGGCAUGGGGCAUGACUGUGAACAAAUAUGCAUUAGCAGCACCUACUCCUAUCAGUGCGAUUGCCAGGACGGUUAUGUGUUGAACAAGGACAAGAAAACCUGUUCCUUACAAAGAAAGGUUAACGUUGAAGUGAUCCAGGACCCCUGCAAAUGUGAGGCUCGCCUGGCCUUCCAGAAACAGACUCAAAAUUCCCUUCAGGACCUUACUGCUCGACUCGCUGAAGUUACCAGGAAGGUGGAACAGCUGGAGAUCGCACUGGGUCAUGUCUAGACACACGAGGCAAGGGUUUACUUGGUCUGCUGAGCAUUCAACUGACCAUCACAUCUUAGGGAUCACUGCCAUCCAGCCAUCCAGCCAUCCCUGUAUUUACCUCUUGUCUCCGGAAAAGACCUCCUCUGCCCAUGGCUCCCCUCAGAGAGAGCUAGACAAAGACAGAAAGAAAGAAACCAUGUGCAUCCUAUACCUCUUUUUAAUCUGAUAUCAACACUGUAUUCCCUAAUUUGCAACCCGCCUUUUUAGAUUUGGAUCCAUUCGGAUCAGCUGGGGAUAUCAAAUCAUGGAUUAGGCUAUCACCAUUCAGACCCAAUGAAAGGAUGCAGAGACUCCCAAGAAUUUAUAUAUAGAGAAUUCUGUGUCUCACCCCCCUGCCCUCCUGAUUACUACAGAUUUGUUUUAAAAUAGAAAUCUGGAGGAGAAAAGAAAUCUAUGUAUUGUACUUCAGGGUAUAGUAGACAAUUAUUGUUUAAGCUCUAAUUAUGAGCUAUAAUUAUGUCAUUUCAUGACUAGCUAGCCUACCCUUUAGUGUCUGUGUAGAGUAGAAUAAAAUUGGACUCUGUAAAAUAUGUAGCAAAGUAUUUUUUUUUCCAUUAAAGUAGUCAGUUUGAUUGUUAAACCUUAAGUCUGCACAAGUGCAGACUUAAGGUUUAACAAUCAAACUGACUACUUUAAUGGAAAAAAAAAUUCAGCUUAUUCGAUGUAUCAGAGGAACAAAGUGUUGUUUAUUUAUCAAGUAAUUAUUACUGAGUAAAGUGUUGUUUCAUUUGUUCGCUUUAGAGGAAAUCAUCAUUUUGGUUGGCUUUGAUUUUGGUCUGGUUUAUGAAACUGAAUUGACCUAAACUCUGACAGAAAGAGAUACAAUACUGUAGUAAUGUUAAAGUGAGUGGAAUAUAUAUCAAAGAUACAUUAUACCUGCUCCUUGACCUUUAUACAUAAAAAUGGAAAAACGUGA